AAGUAAAAAAGAUCUAAUUAAGCUAAUUAUCAGUUCAAUUAAUGUUAUUAUAUGUUCAAGUGAGACCUGUUAAUAUUAUUUUGUAUGUUUAUGGUAACAGUCAAGUCCAUGUCAUAGGCUCUUUUACAGCUUUAAAGAGCAAAAAAACACUCUUCCUGUCUGCUGGUGGCAAAGUAGUCCCGUUCCUUCCCAUUCCCGGAAGCUUAAAUCCUGUUCUUGCCCUACCUGAGAGUUUUGGGUUUUUUUUCCCGGUCCCGCCCGUUUCCGUGAGCUCUACUCCUGUACCAUCCCAUCCCGCAAAAUUUUUUUCCCGUACCGCGGGAAUCCCGUGGGAUCUGCGGGUCCCACGGGAGUCCCGUCUUCAUGUCACGCUCUCUACUUUAGACUAUCAUCACUGCUUCCGAGUCGAAUUAAUCACAGUGCUUAAAUACCUACGUGCAUUUUAAAAACUAUAAUUUAGCCCUUCAGCUAAAUUGUCCUACACUAACAUGGCAUUUUAUUAAGAACAUAACUGGACCACAUAGCAUAAAGUAUGAGGUAUUAAAGGAAUAUAUUCCUAGUUACAAGCACUAAUGAAUACAAAUAGGAAACCAUUUAUUAUUAUUAUUAUUUGUUUAUUUAGCAGACACCUUUAUCCAAGGCGACUUACAGAGACUAGGGUGUGUGAACUAUGCAUCAGCUGCAGAGUCACUUACAAUUACGUCUCACCCGAAAGACGGAGCACAAGGAGGUUAAGUGACUUGCUCAGGGUCACACAAAUGGCAGAUGUCCUAAAUUAAAAUAAAUAAAUCAUUAGAAGCCCAACACAUGAUCAUUCAGCCAUGUUUGUAAUACAGCAACAUGUAUGACUGCCGUUUUAGUUUGCUUACUGCUUAGAAUCAGACCUUUUAAAAACUGAAAAUAUUGUACUGUAAACUAGUGUCAAAUACUACAGCUUUGAAGUUGGGAAAAUGGAUGACUAGUUCACUUCCCUAGAUAUCUUUUACCGUAAGAAAAUGUAAAUGUUAUUUGUCUGCUGUUCGAUUCUCUAUGCUUACAUUUACCGUGGCAAAGAAAAAAGAAAAAAAAACAUUAUGACAAGGUCGUGAUGCUCUGCAGAGCUGUAAUGGUAUAACUUGUAAGAACACAAUGCUGUGUCAGCAAGUUGCCAUGACAAUAUAGCCAUUCCACAUUUUAUUGUCUCCCUCUCUCUCUCUCUCUCUAACUCUCCCACAAGGUCAGAUGCACAGAGCACACAAAUAUAAUUUGUCACCCAUGGCAAGCACAGGGUACCUUGGGCAUUGCAGUUUGAGAUUUAUCAGUACAGUACCAUGUUCAAUGCCAUCUUAAGUAUAUAUUGGUAUUGUUUUUUUCUGUAUUUCUCAAAUAUGAGGUGUUAAUUUCUGAAUAUACUGUUUAUUUUUUAUUUAAAUUUUAUUUAGGUUUUGCUGUAUUGUACUGCAUUAGACUAUUUAAAAGUAAGGUACUGUAUACCCAUAAUAACUAUUCCGUUUUCACCACUUUAAAAUGCAUUAGUAGUUAUUAGUAAUUCUAUGUAAAGUCAACCAGUAUGUUUCACUGCAACAUUUUAGAAUAAAAUAUUAGCUAAAAAAUGUGAUUAUACUGUGCAAUAUCUUUAAGGCUGCCAAACAUGCAGAUGUGACAUUUAUAAUACCCAGGGAACAACACAAAGAAUUUUCCGCCUUCCGUCACUGGGACAUCUCUCCAUUUACUGUAGGCUAACAUUGUGUUCACCACUAAGCUUCCUGUUUCUGUACUGUGUAUGUAAUGCUGUUACAUUAAAACAGCAGUUUAGUAAUGUACAGCGAGCCAAUUCUGAACUGAGUCUUCGUGCUAAUGAACUGUCUGACUUGGCAGAUACAGUAAACACAUCAGGGAGAGGAGGUCCCUGUGUGCAUCAGGGCUUGAAUUUCAGAGUGGGAUCGCGGGAAUCGCGCAUUUCCUAAGUUGCUCCCGCAUAUCUGCAACUUUCAGUGAGGGAAAGUCGAGAUAUUUUAAGACACCAAGCUACUGUAUUUUUCACCCAAUUCAGAAUGCCUGAAAAGGCUACAACAAUCUCUAAGGAAGUGGGUGUCAGUGACGAAAGCACUAUGAGCCGUAUUCUGAGUAGUUCUGGUUAAAAUAAAUAAAUAAAUAAAAGUAGUGUUGGAUAUUUUAAGUGCUGCGAGACUCGUACAUGAUUCUCAGCCACUAUCUUUAAGGAUUAUAGAAACUCUGUACACUGCAGCAUAAGUAAACAGUUUUGAAAAAAAAAAAAAUACGAUAUUAACUCUUAACUCAGCCCCAUUCAUUUUGGGGCGCCAGGGCACCGAAGGUUACGCACAUAUACUUGGGCACCGUAAAAGCCACUUACCAGGUUCAUGGCUUGUUUAAAAGUACAGACUUGGGGCUUGGGACACACACACUAAAAUACAAAGCAAACUGGAAUGCUAUCGGGCCCUAAAAAAACACUACAUCCUGGCUGAAUACCUGACCAAGGUGAAAGACAGUAAACAGAGACAGACCUUAACAAAGUACAGGCUCAGUGAGCACAGCCUGGCCAUCGAGAAGGGGCGACACAGGCAGACAUAGCUGCCCAAAGAGGACAGGCUGUGUGAUCACUGUCAGCUCAAUCAGGUUGAGACAGAGAUGCACUUUUUACUGCAGUGCACUAAAUAGAAUGUAAGGGAAGCCUUCUUCCCAAAAAUACAACAUCUCUGCACAGGAUUCCCAGACUUGCCAGACCCAGAAAAACUCCCCAUCCUCCUCGGAGAACAGACAAGCUGUAUAGAAGUGGCAGACCAGCACACAAGCGCCUAUCACAGUCUGAGGGACAGAGAAUGAACACUGAGGCUCCUCACACAGGGAGGGAGGGGAAAAUAUUAUAAUUAUUAUCAUAUAAUUAUUAUUGCUGUUUGAAAUAUUUUAUUGUUGUUCUUGAUGUUGAAUAUUCACUUGUAAAUAUGUUGUAAACUGUUGAUUGAUUACAUGUCAAUGUAUUACAGUUGUCAUCAAUGCUUUGGUAAUACCUAAAUUGGUCAUGCUAAUAAAGCACUUUGAAUUUGAAUUUGAAUUUGUGUGUAUGCAGUACUCCUACCCGGAACUACGACUGCAUGAAGUCAAGCCUCUCAUCAUGUGACAGAGUUCACAGCUUAGGUUAGAAGUUCAUCUUCCCCCCCAUGUUCAUUUUAUAUUGAGGUUCAGUGGUGCAGUGUUUUUUUUUUUCAGCCAUCUAUGAUUACAAUAUAUAUAUAUAGCAGUGACCAAACAUGAUUUUUACAUAUAUUCUCAUCUCUACCACAUAUUAUGCCUGAUCCUGUUGCAACAUACAUAAUAUGAAAGGAAAUUUCAUGGCCUUCCAUUUGAUAUGUUACAUGCAUGCAGUACAAACUAUCCAGUAGUUAAACAUACAUAAAUGAAAACAGUGAAAAACAGGUGGAAAUAGGGCUGAGUGUAGAGUUUACAAAAAAAAAAUGAAAAAAUGAAAAAGCACCUUUUUCUUCUGCUGCAUGCAAAAACUUUGCAUCAGGCAAUGGAGAUUGCUCUGCAUCACAGUGAUGAACAACUGUUAUGUCUCCUGAAUGGUGAUGCAGUAAAAAAAAUAUGUAUGUAUGUAUGUAUGUAUGUAUGUAUAUAUAUAUAUAUAUUUUAUAUGCAGAAGUGCCUUUUUUUUUUUUUGCCAUUCCCCUCUAAAAUUUUGGAAUCCCUCCCACCUCCCACCCCCCCAUUUGGCUGCAGCAUAGGAAAUUCAAGCCCUAGUGCAUUGCUGUGCGGAUUAACAACGACUAAUUACAGCCCUCUUAUUCCAAUUCAACAGGUGUUUUACAUGGUUAAAGCCAUGAACAGGUGUUGUAUGCACUUUGGAAGUGUAUUGAGAUUAGGGCUGUCACUCGAUUCAAAUUUUUGAUUGAUUAACUUAUGGGCUUACUUGAUUAACCGGCAGAUUAAUCUGUGCACAUUUUUAAUAAAGGUAAUGAUCUUAUAGAGGCUGUUCUGCAUGUAAUACAAAAAAAUCAAUAGAAUCUAAAAAAAAUAUAAGCCCAAUGAGAAUUUGGUCUUAUUAAAAGCAUUUGCAUUAUUAUUUUUAUCGUAGUAAAUGUCUCUCUUUGUAUUUGUACUGCACUAUUGAGAUGUACCUGUGCUGGCCCUGUGGGCACAAACCAUUAUGUAUGUGAUGGGGGCUCUGGGUCCUGCUGCGGGUUAUCUGCUCGGUGGGGUUCUGAUCGGGUUCUACGUAGAUCCCAAAACCAUUGUGAACAUUGACCAGAGUGAUCCCCGCUUUGUUGGCAACUGGUGGAGUGGCUUUCUCCUUUGUUCUAUCGCCAUGCUGCUGGUGAUAUUUCCCAUGUUCACAUUCCCCAAGAAGCUCCCACCCCGUCAAAAGAAGAAGAAAAAGAAAAUGAGCCUGGACGAUAUCUCUAGCGACGAUGAUGUCAUGAAGGAGAAAUCCAACAGCAAGGGGCAAGCGGUCACCUCUUCCUUGGGAUUCGGAAAGGACAUCAAAGACAUACCCAGAGCAGCUGUCAGGAUCUUAAGCAAUAUGACAUUCCUGUUUGUGAGCUUGUCAUACACAGCUGAGAGUGCCAUUGUCACUGCCUUUAUUACCUUCAUACCCAAGUUCAUCGAGUCUCAGUUUGGCAUCCCAGCAUCCAAUGCAAGCAUAUACACUGGGGUGAUUAUAGUGCCCAGUGCUGGUGUAGGCAUUGUCCUUGGAGGCUACAUUAUCAAAAAGCUGAAACUGGGUGCUAGAGAGUCUGCUAAGCUGGCCAUGAUCUGCAGUGGCGUGUCUUUGCUGUGCUUUUCCACACUCUUCAUCGUUGGUUGUGAAAGCAUUAACCUUGGAGGCAUCAAUAUACCUUAUACCACAGGCCCCACUCUCACCAUGGCACAGAGGAAUCUGACAGGCAGCUGCAAUGUGAACUGCGGAUGUAAAAUACACGAGUAUGCGCCUGUCUGUGGAUCAGACGGCAUCACCUACUUCAACCCUUGUCUGGCUGGCUGCACCAGUGUGGGAAACGAUAGCACAGGAAUAAGGAACUACACAGACUGCGCUUGUGUGCAGAGUAGGCAGGUGAUCACACCUCCUACAGAUGGGCAGAGGAGCCAGCUCAGAUUGGUUAUAGUGAAAACCUAUCUGAAUGAGAAUGGCUAUGCUGUAUCUGGCAAGUGCGACCGCACCUGCAAUACCCUGAUACCUUUCCUCAUAUUUCUGUUCAUCGUCACCCUCAUUACUGCCUGUGCACAGCCAUCAGCACUCAUUGUAACACUCAGGUCAGUGGAUGAACAAGAGAGACCGUUUGCGCUAGGAAUGCAGUUUGUUCUUCUACGAACUCUUGCCUACAUUCCCACCCCAAUCUAUUUCGGCGCGGUCAUCGACACCACCUGCAUGCUCUGGCAACAAGACUGCGGCGUCCACGGCUCCUGCUGGGAAUAUGACGUCACUUCCUUGCGCUUUGUCUACUUCGGGCUGGCAGCCAGCCUCAAGUUUGUGGCCUUCAUCUUCAUCUUCUUGACGUGGUACUCCAUUAAAUACAAAGAAGAUAGACUCCAGAGAUGGAUACAGAGAGCCUCGCCGGUAAGCACAGUCAACGAGAUAGUCGGAAAGGCAGGGGCCCAGCAAAGCUGUGCACGGGCUCGAUCCUGCCCUGCCUUCAGCAGGGCUGAACAUACUGAAGAAAUGACGCUGAACAGAGGGGGCGGCGGCAGCCAGAGCCAUCCUGGCCAUUCACUGGAAGCAGUAAACACCUCUGAAAAUACACUGGAAGACGACACUGCUGAGAUCUAGCGCAAGUCUCUUGCUUCACCGGCUCUUGCGAAAUUCAGUUUUUGUGUUUUAAGUUUACUAUGGCUCCCACAAAACAUUUCUGUUUGAAAGCCUGUGCCUUCCUUUUCUUAUUUCAUUUAAACAAGCUGUAUGUUGACCAUCAGUCUUUUUUUAAGACUAGCAGCCACACACCGAUACUCAGCACAGGUUGAGGGCUGGUUACCUCAAAGUGACAACCAGAGGAUGUUUCCUUAAGAAAUGUGUAGCAUUUGCUCUUGAAUAAAAAUGAGGUUAGGUAAGAAGAAAAAAAAAACUUAAGCAAAGCUAAGUGUAUUUUAUAUCUAAGUGUAUUUAUAUCAAUAAACACCUAUAGCAGAAGAAUACAUUUUUAAUUGAAACAUAUUUGGUGUUAACAACAUGUGGUGCUAUUAGAUGAAAUAAUACAGAUUUCAGUUUUUUUUUAAACAUUUUAUUCAGCCAUAGUUUUAGCACAUAUCAGAAGUUAUCCAAUGUAUUUGGACUAUGAUGAUUAAGGAAUAAAACACUGCUAAACAAGCACACAUGGAAUAAUAUACUGUGCAAGCUCUUGCAUAUUAUGAAAACUAGUAUAUAUCAACACAAGCAGAAAAAAAAUUAGCAAGUAGUAGUACAGCUCGUUACAGUUAAUAGAAUAAGCUUUUAGCUGUAACAUACACAUAUUUUAAACAUACAAUGUCAAGUGCUUUUUAAUUUCCAAUUCAUAUAUGUAGGUUUAUAUAUUUUAAAAACAUUUUGCUAGUCCUCCAGUGCAACAUCCAUUUUUACCUAUAACAUCUGGGAGUGUUUCAGUAAUUUGGCAAGACUAACGCUUUCAUUCAGGGGACUAAUCAGUGCCUGUUAACUCAAUGCAGACAUGCAUUCUAACAGUGUCUCAACCUCUGUACUACAGUAAAUAGAACACUAGUCAGAGCUACAACUGGGCCAGGGAUCUUAAAAUUAUUAUACCACCUCUGUAUCCAACUGAAAUGUACAGUACUGUAUCCAGAAAACAUGAAGGAAGGUUGAAGUUGCUUGUUCCAAAACAAAAAAAGGUAAAUAUAGUAAGCAGCUCUGUUUUCUUUCCUUCUUGUCUAGAUUUGUCUCCACUUUACACUGCUGUGGAUAAGAAAGCAAUAUGGUAAUGGUGUGCAGUACAGUGGGAGUAAAUCAGGAGCAAUGCAAUCCUUUAGAAAUUGCUGCUUUUUACUGUACAUGACUAGGUUUGGUUGUGCUUACGCAGGUGAUCUCUUCAGAGUGCAUUGUGAAGACUAAACUGUUCCAAAACAAACAAAGCAUCAAUAAUAUAUUUUUAAGAUGGCUCUAUCUACUGUUUUCACACUGUUAUCUUAAAGCAGUAUUUAUUUAUUUUUAAAUAAUUAAAACUAUAAGCAGCAGCAUCUCCAGCAAAUAAAGUCAACAUAACAUGUUCUUGCUAUUUCAGGCAGUAGUCUACAAAAUGUAAAGCAUGAGUAGUUAACAGUACUAGACUAUUUAGCACAGUCUUUUUAGAUUUUUCAGAUUAUUACAUAAUACAAGGUUUUUCCAUUGUCAAAAUAUCUAGCUAAUUAAUUCACUUCAUAGUAGGGUAUAGUAUGUCCAUUAGUGUGCAUGUGCAGUAAAUAUUGAUCUAUUAGCAUUCAUAUUAUUUUAAAAAGAUUGGAAGCUCAGCAGAAUAGCAACAACAGAAACAGGUUUAACAGAAAAACGAUUAAAAAAUGUGGUAAGACUUUAUAUUAAUGCGCUGCUUAUUAAUGUUUUAUAAAUAUAUAAUAUAUGCUUAAUAACUAUGUUAUAAGGUGUUAAUAAAGCAUUAUAUAUGGUUCAUAGCCAUGCAAUAGCCACAGACGGAAUUACAGUUUUAUAAAGGGGACAGUUUUUAGCCGCCUAUUCUACUUUGGGAUGUUUAAACAUAAUUCCGUCUAUGGCUAUUGCAUGUUAACAAUAUAUAACAGUUAUUAUGCAUCUAUUAUACCUUUGUAAAACAUUAACAAGCAGCACCUUAAUAUAAAGUGUUACCAAAAAUGUAAUAUAGAAAAUAAUUUGGGGGGAAGGGGGGGGGGGGG